UUCGUGACAUACAGCAAACGGAGAGAGAGGAAGGAUGGCGAAAGAAUCGACAGUGAGGAAAUGCUCGUUCUGCGGGAACAAUGGCCACAACUCGAGGACGUGCGACAGCGUGGGUGCUUGGCAGAAGGGAGGAGUUGGGGAAGGGCUGAUGCUGUUUGGGGUGAGAAUUGGUGGUGGUGAGGUGAUGAGGAAGAGCCUGAGUACAGGGAACUUGGUCUUUUGUGGGGAGCAGAAUUCUGGUGACCAGGGGUACGCAUCUGAUGGCCUCCCUCAUUCUUCUACCAAUAAACGACAUGAGAGAAACAGAGGUGUACCAUGGACAGAAGAGGAGCACAGGACCUUUCUGGCAGGACUAAAGGAGCUUGGAAAGGGGGAUUGGAAGGGAAUUUCAAAGAGAUUUGUAACUACCAGGACUCCAACUCAAGUUGCCAGUCAUGCUCAGAAAUACUUCCUUAGGCAUGCCAGCAGUGGCAAGAAGAAGCGCAGGUCCAGCCUCUUUGAUGUGGUGGCUAAUGAUGGAUCUUCAAACAAAAUGAACACCAAAAUAGCAGAUGCAACCACAGAAGCUUCCCCAGCUUUUCCUUUGGUCACGAGUAGUGAAGUUCCUGUUCCUAAUGGUGCAAAUUUGACGGAAGCAUCAUCCUAUGGAACUGAAGCUUUGCAGCCAACCUCAUCGUUUAAGUCAAUCAGCGAAUCCUCCCCCAAGAUAAAUCCACACGAUUCCAAGGCAUAUCGGCAAUCCUCUCAUUUCGCCCUCGAUCUUGUCCGACAUUGCUUGUUUUCACCAUCUCCACCCUAUCUCGAAACAAAAACCGUUCCUCCGCCAUUGUCUGUUUCCGACCUUCUUCCUGCUUUCUCUUCCAGCCCAACACCCAUACACACUUGCGAUCUGGAGCUCAGAAUUACCCCUCCACAAGCUGCUUGAAUUCGACAAGUUUCCAGUGUCCAACAGCAAUCAGUUUGAUGAAAUUGGAGCAGCAUAACUCCUGCAGAAGCUAUGUGAAAGUAUCAGAGCCCCGCUAACUUUUGCGUUAAUAUAAUAAGGUGUAAGAAUCGAAAGCACAGGCACUCUGCAGCCUUUGUCACUGGUGCUGCAUUUGGUGGAGCCAUGAAGGCAUUUAGAGGACGAGGGUCCAUGUAUUCACAAAAUCUGUCCAUUUCCUUUGGCUUCACUGUUUCUUCUUAAAUCUAGCCAUUUUUACUGGAAAAUGUAGAUGCAGUUUGUAUAUGGUUCAUGGAUAUACUGCCCCUUGGUGUCUUUGUUGGUAGUUUGGAUAUUACUUCUAUCCCACUGCUGCUAUAAAUCAAAGGAGGAUUCUCCAUACUGAGCCGUCCUGUGGGCGACCUGCCUCUGGUUCUUCGUUGCCGGACCUGCUACUUGUCGAAGCUUUUUUGGGCUAUUUCUUAUUGUAAAGGAUAAAUGUGAAUGAUAUUUACAUACAGAAUAAAUUACGUGUUGGAGUCUA